ACCAAUAAUAUAGUUCACACCUCUGGGUUUCGAAACCAGACCGACCAGGAACUGCAUUCCAACACUUGUGCCUAUUUUCCGAAAAAAAAUCUCUCAUGCUGAAGGAACUUCGUUACAGACUCUCGUUUCCUCUCUUGCUUCGUAGACUCAUUGACGCCUCACUUGCUGCUCCCUGCACGCUCGGCAGGAAUUUUGUCCGUUGAUUUAUCCUCUCUCGAUUUCCAGUUACGGUAGCUAUAGCAGUUAGGAUUGACGCACUUCGACCUGUCCGAAAGUCCAGUUGCUUCCCGCUUCGGUGGUAUCUCGCAGUUAUAUUUUCGAAUGCAUGAGUUGACAAUAACAGCCUGAACGGAAGAGCCAUGGCAAAGGGAGCAGCCAAGUCCAAGGGUCAUAAACCCCGAACAGAGAAGCGAAAAAAGGAAGAGAAGGUGCUUCCCACGGUCCUAGACAUAGUGGUCAACGUCCCCGGAGGAAAGCCUAUCCUGCUCAAGGGCAUAUCGACAGACCGCAUAUGGGACGUUCGACGUCUCCUGGCCGUCCACGUGGACACAUGCCACUUCACCAACUUCUCUCUCUCGCACGAGGUCCGCGGUCCUCGCCUGCGUGACUCCGUGGAUGUGGUUGCCUUGAAGCCAUGCGUCCUCGACCUCGUUCAAGAGGAGUACACGGAGGCAUCUGCAGCAGCCCAUGUACGCCGGCUGCUGGACAUCGUCUCCUGCACUCUCGCCUUCGGGCCCUCUGCUAAGCAACGAGAGGAGGCCGAGGCAGCUGCUGCUGCUGAGGCAGCAGCAAAAGCAGCAGACGCAGACGCAGCAGCUGCUGCUGCAGCACAGUCUGCACCAACGUCCGGGUCCACUCACCAAGGCAGCAAUGCAGGUUCGGCAGAUGCCGAGCCUGCAAGCGAGGGCAGUGCUGGCUCAGCCCUUGGCCCCAAAGAGACAGCCCCCGAGGCGACUAGCAGCGUGGCGGAAUUCGGCAAAGUGCUCGGGCUGGGGGACGUGGGCAGCUUCUUGAAAAAAAACCCAGGCGAAGCAGCAGCAACAGCAGCAACAGCAGCAGCAGCGGGGGAGCAGGCAGGCGCUUCUGAGGAGGUCGGCGUGACACGAGAUGGAAAGAAAGCGGGAACUGCAGGAGGGGGGGCAGCGGGAGGGGGAGAACUGGCGGUGGCAGGAGCAGGGGCAGGAGGUGGAAAGGAGGCGGGGACGGAGCUGGGGAAGGGGAUCUGGAAGGGGAUGGGCAAGGGGGUGGGGAUGGGGGUGGGGCAUGAUUUGGAAAAGGAAUUGGAGAAGGAGUUGGGGAAGGAGCUGUUCAUCAUGGGCGCGGACGGGAAGAGGCGGUUUAAGGGGAAGCGGGAGGCCGUGGAGGCGAUGGCAGCAGCAGCAGCGGCCGUAGAGAGGGGCGACAUGACCGGGUUGGUCCCCACUGAGUCGAAGCUGGGGGAGUUUUAUGAGUUCCUGUCCGCUGCUCACCUCACUCCGCCCGUGCAAGCCAUCCGCAGGUCUCUCCGCCAGACCACCAAGGGAAAGGCGGCGGUGAACAGUAAUGCACUGGACAUGCCCGAUAUGGGCUCUGAGCUCUUCCCCAUAGAGGUGCGGCUGUGCACGGGCAAGACGGUUCUGGUGGUUGCCACCACCCGUGGCUUCCUGUGUCCGAGGAACAGGCUGCACGGAUCAACACUCGUGGGGCUUCUGCGCCUCAUGUGCAAGCCGUUCGCCAAGGCCUACGAUGACCUCCUUGCAUUCUUCCUCGAAAGGAACAAGUUUGGCAAUACACCCUACGGCUUUCGGUCCAACACGUGGGUUGUCCCUCCUCUCGCCGCAGGUGCGCCAGCCCUCUACCCCCAACUCCCUAUGGAGGAUGAGGCGUGGGGAGGGAACGGGGGCGGCCAGGGCCGGGAAGAAGAGGAUGAACAGGAAGCAGCUGGGAAGGAGGCGAGGCAUAGAGAAUCUAACAUAGCAGUGGCGGCAACUGCAGCAGGAACAGCAGCAGAAGUAGGAGGUGCAACCACGACUGUAAAAAGCAGGGAUUGGGCGAGGGACUUGGCAGUGCUCUCUCUCCUCCCCUGCGACACUCCAGAGGAGCGGGUGGUGAGGGAUCGCAAGGCGUUCCUCCUGCACUCUCUCUUUGUGGAUGCUGCCACACGCAAGGCCGUUACUGUCAUCAACACUGCCGCAACAGCUGCAGCUGCAGCAGCUGCUGGGGCUGGGGCUGACGCGGUCACUGCAGCUCAGGCACCGGCGCUGGUUCCGGCUGCCGAACCUGCGGUGGCAGGUUCGGACGCAGCAGAGGACCGGGGGGUGCUGCUAGUGCAGCAGCUGGGGGCGCUGCGUGUGACUGUAAUGAAGGGUGAAGAGGACCCGAGUGGGAAGGUGCUGUCGAAGGUGGAUGUGGGGUGGAGGAGGGCGGUGGAGGGGGAGGAGGAGAGGGAGUGUAUGGUAACGAGGAGCCUUCUAAAGGGGAUAUCAGCGGAUGAAAGCACAGCAGUGCAUGACCUGGAGUCCCUGGGCACGGUCAUUGUGCACUUCCGCGGCCUCUCAGCGCGAGUGACCGUCCCUGACGCCCCUGCACGCGCCCAGCAUCUACAGGCGCAGCUGCAGGCGCUGAGGGUUACGAAGGCAGAAAAGUUGGGUGAGGAAAGAGGUGGCGAGGAGGAGAAGGGUGGAAUGACAAUGGAUGGGGAAGGGAGUGGGAAUGGGGAGGGAGAUGGUAGGGUAAAGGCAAAGGGAAGAGAGGAGGAGAAGAAGGAGAAGGAGAAGGAGCAGGGGGAUGGAAAGGAGGAGGAAGAGAAGCUCUUGGAGUUGGAUAUUCCGGAGCAGCGAGAUGCAGGCGCCAAUGCACUGAACCCCAACAGCCUCCGGAUCCUGCUGCACGCUGCUAUGGGCAGUCUGCCUCCCCCUGCUGCUGCCGCUGCUGCUGCCUCGGCCGCUGCUUCUGCUGCUGCUGAAGCGUUGGUGCGUCAGACUCUAUCUCUUGGUCUCGCUCAACUGAAGCAGGAAGAGGAAGCAAGGCGGAGAGAGAGGAUGGCGACGAAAACCACCCCAGCAGAGAAUGCUGGAGAGGGAGUGGGUGGAGCGACUGAGGUGGGGAACGGACCGGUGGAGGGAGGGGUGGUGGCAAAGGGAGAGGCAGUGGAGGGCACAGAAGCGGGCGAAAAGGGCGAAGAGGUGAAGGGGGUGAGGGAAGGCGACGGCGUGGAGGGAGUUGAGGAGGCUACGAAGGUGGUGGGGGAGGGUGGGAAGAAUGUUGAGGGUGGGAAGAAUGUUGAGGGUGGGAAGAAUGUUGAGGGUGGGAAGAAUGUUGAGGGUGGGAAGAAUGUUGAGGGUGUGACGGAGGAAGAGGGUGGGACGGAGAAAGAGGAGGGGGAUGUGUUUGAGGAUGGCAUUCUGAGGUGGGAGCUCGGUGCCUGCUGGGUGCAGCACCUGCAGAACCCGCCACAGGUUGAGGGGAAGGAAGGGGAGAGCAUGGAGGAGAAGAGUAAAGAAGUGGAGGCACAGGAGUUGGAAGGCAAGGAAAAGGAGGGGGUGGAAGCAGCCAGAGGAGAAGGGAAGGAGGAAACGGCAGGAGAGAAGAGCAAGGGAGCAGAGGAGGUGAAUCUGGAAAAGUCCGGAGCGAAAGAAUCCGCUUCAAAUGCGGGCGCAGUAGGAGCAGCAACUGGCACUACUGAAGCUGCUGCUGCUGCUGCUGCUGCCCCUGCAGAUGCUUCUGGGGAGGGAGAAGCAGCAGCUGGCGGGGUGAAGCAGGAACCUCGGGCAGCAGCAACGCAAGGGCAGGAGUUGCUGCGGCUGUUGGGAGAGAGCAAGUACGAGAAGAUCAAGAAGGCUGACGUGGGACUGCACUCCAUGUCCAUCCAGCAGCUCAAGCAAGGAGCACGAGACUUCUACAGGAACACUGCCCUUUCUAAGCUGGUCUCCGAUUUCGCCUCUCUGGAGCUCUCCCCUGUGGAUGGCCGCACGCUCACUGACUUCAUGCACACUCGUGGCUUGAGGAUGCGGUCCCUCGGAAAAGUGGCUGCACUAGCAGACAAGCUCCCCCACGUGCGGUCCUUGGCAGUACAUGAGAUGGUGGCGCGGGCGCUCAAGCACGUUCUCCAAGCUGCUCUGACCGCCGCUGCUGUUGCGUCAAGCCCCCCGCUCGCAGCCUGCAUUGCUGCUGCUUUCAGCGCCAUCUUUGGCUCGUCCAUGCAUAAGCAGGGGGCAAGCACCGUCUCCAGUCACAAUAACAACAGCCAGGAUGAACCUUUUUCGGAUUGUGGAGAGGGAGGGAAGGGGAGGGGAGCAGAGGAAGCAGAGGCGGCGCUGGGAGGCAUGGUGUGGCAGUGGGUGCGUGUGUUUGUGCACGUGCGGUUUGGGUUCAACCUGGACGAUGAGACUCUGGCAGGUCUUCGCAUGCUGUCUCUUCUCAGAACCCUCUGCCUUAAGGUGGGCAUUGAGAUGGCGCCCAAGUCGUACGACUUCAGCGAUGCCACGCCCUUCCAGCCCACCGACAUUGUCGCCAUGGUUCCUGUGCUCAAGCACGUGCUGUGCACGUCAGCCGAUGGCCGCACGCUGCUUGAGGCGUCCAAGGCGGCUCUGGAUAAGGGCAAGCUGGAUGAAGCUGUGACUUGUGGCACCAAGGCUCUAAACAAGCUCAUCGCAGUGUGCGGGGCCCACCACCGCAUGACAGCUGGAGCGUACAGCCUCCUGGCAGUGGUGCUGUACCACACAGGGGACUUCAAUGAGGCGACCAUCUACCAGCAGAGGGCGCUGGAUAUAAACGAGAGGGAGCUGGGGCUGGACCAUCCUGAUACCAUGAAGAGCUACGGGGACCUUGCAGUGUUCUACUACCGCCUGCAGCACACAGAGCUGGCCAUCAGGUACGUGCACCGGGCGUUGUACCUGCUGCACGUGACGUGCGGGCCUGACCACCCCAACAGUGCAGCAACGUACAUCAACCUGGCCAUGAUGCACGAGGGGCUGGCCCACGUGCACCUGCCGCUGCGCUACCUGCACCGCGCGCUCAAGUGCAACCACCGCCUGCUGGGGCCGGACCACAUCCAGACGGCGGCGAGCUACCACGCCAUUGCCAUCGCGCUCUCGCUCAUGGACGCGUACUCGCUGUCCGUGCAGCACGAGCAGACCACGCUCAACAUCCUGCAGGCGAAGCUGGGGCCAGAUGAUCUUCGAACCCUGGACGCGGCAGCGUGGCUGGAGUACUUUGAGAGCAAGGCAGCGGAGCAGCAGGAGGCGGCACGCACAGGCACACCCAAGCCAGACGCCACUAUUGCGUCCAAGGGGCACCUCAGCGUGUCGGACCUGCUGUCGUUCAUCAACGACGAGGAGCAGGGGCGGAUGGAGGUGAUUCAGGAGAUCAUGGGCAAGAGGGGCAAGCGCUCCUCUCACAAGCCCAAGCCCAAUAGGGCCGUAGCCAUAGCAGCAGCCCCACAUGGCCCAUCCACCUACAGCGAAGAAGGGGCUGAGAGAACCAGCACUGCAGCUGUUAAAGCUUCUUCUCCUGGCGAAGCUGCUGUUACCGGAGCUGCUUAUAACGAGGUCACUAAGGCGGGUGACGGUUCUACUGUGGCAAUCGAGUCAGGUGUUGCUGCAGGGCAAGUAGAGGCGGGAAAAGGGCUGGUUCCCAGCGCUGAAGCAGCAGAAGCAGCAGCAGCAGCAGCAGCAGCAGCAGCAGCAGCAGCAGCAGCAGCAGCAGCAGCAGCCGCUGCUACUGCGACUGCAGUCCCUGCUGCUGCGGCUGCUGCUGCUACCUCUGAAGGGGAUGACUCUGACGGUUGGCAGACUGCCUGCAGCCGCGCACACAGGCUCGGCCACCAGCGCAAGACACCAGCACACAGGAUGAUAAGCGUGGGUGUUGUGGGAAAGAGAGGGGACGCUAGGGGUAGACGGGUCGUUCUGCAGCAGCAGAUGCAAACAGGAGCAGCAGGAGCAGCAGUUGGGGUAGUAGCAGGGGAAAACAGCAGGCAGAAGGUCGGUCCUGGUAUUUCACCAGUCACUCCUACCACCACUGUGUCUACUGCCCCCAAUGCUGUCGCUACCACAACUGCUCCGUGUACUGCUGCAACAGCUGUUGCUGCUGCUGCUGUUGGUGCUGCUGGUUCUGUUGCUGCAGCUGUUGGAGCUGUUGCUGCUGGUGCUGCUGCUGCUGCUGCAGGCCCCAAGGUCCUGACUCCAGCACUGCCUAAAGCAGAGGGUGAGAGGAAAAACGCUUGGGGCCGGGGCGCCGGGACUAAGACGGCUGCCCCUGCAGCAGCUGCUGCCACUACUUCUACUCCAACUGCUGGUACCGUUGCUGCUGCUCCUACUGCUGCUACUCCUACUGCUGCUGCCCCUACUGCUGCGGCUCCUACUGCUGCGGCUCCUGCUGCUGCGGCUCCUACUGCUGCUGCUGCUAGUAGUAGUACUGCUUCUGCUCCUACUGCUAGUGCUCCGGCUACUGCUUCUCCUGCUGCUUCUCCUGCUGUUACUGCUGUCGCUUCUCCUGCCCCUGCUCCUGCCACUCCUACAGUUCCCGCUACUCCUGCGCUUAUGUCUGCUCCUGCUGCUUCAGCAACUUCUGCUGCUGCCACAAUUGCUCCUCCUCCUCCUCCUGCAGCUGCUGCUCCUGCUGCUGCUCUUGCUGCUCCUGUUGCUCCUGCUGCUGCUCCUACCGCUGCUCCUCCUGCUGCUCCCACUGCAGCAGCUUCUAAGAGGACUUCUGUGCCGCCACCAGGACCCAUGACCCGCUCUUGGAGAGAGAUCGCUCUCUUGCCACCUGGCACAACGCCACUGGCUGCUGCACCGAUGGCGUCAGAAGCUGGAGCCGAACCAGCUGUGACCAAUAAAACGGUUGCUGCCACAGUUGUUGCUGCAGCAGCCACUACGAGCACGGGGUCUGGCAGUGCCAUAAGCUCGGGUGUCUCACCAGUGUCGGCCGCAGGCACAGUUAUCGCGACUACUGCAAAGAGCAGCAAGAAGCAGGAGCAGAUGGAGGGAGGAAAGGAGGGAGAGGGAAGGAAGGGUAGUGGAGUGGAUGGGAAGGCGGAUGAGUGCGUUGAGAAGGUGGGGGCUGCUGCUGCUUCCACUGCUGCGACUGGUGUUGCUACUGCCCCUACAGCUGCUGCUGUGGGUACUGCCGCUGCUGCCGCUGCUGCUGCUGCGGCCACUGCUGGCACUGCUGCUUCAGCUGGUUGUGCAGAUACCAGUGCCAGUGCUGUAGCCCCCAGUGGAAAAGCACCAGUACCGAUCAGCACCAGCACAAGCAAUAGUAGCAGCAUCAUUAUUAUCAACAGCAGCAGCAGCGGCGGCAGCAGCAGCAGUGAGAGUGUUGCCACACCUGCUGACUCUUCCUCUCCCACUACCACACACAGCCCCUCCAAGGUGCACAGCCCUACCAAGGUGCAAAGCCCCUCAAAGUCGCUGCUCUCUCCCCUCGCAUCACCUUUCCAUCCAGGUGUCCCUGCUCAAAUCGGCACCACCACUACAAUCCCUACUGACCCCACACUCAAGAUCCAUGACAGUUCCUCCCCUCUCCAUCUCUCUCAACCUCCCCCAACCGAACUCCACACUCCCCCACCUGCCCCCUCCUCUGCUCCACCGACAAGUGACCCUGCAAAUGGUGAGGCUGCUGCCUCAGCAGCUGUUGCACCUUCGGCAGCAGCCCCUGUAGCAGCUGUAGCAGAUGUAGCAGCACCAGCUGCAGUGCCAGUACCAGCGCCAACAGGAGCGCCAGUGGUGACGCCAGUAGCAGCGCCGGUGCUUGCUGGCCCCGUGCUACAACCCUUGAUUCCACUCCAUGUGCACCCAAUGAUGGUUCCUCCCCAUGGGUACAUCCCACCAGGUCACUACAACAUGGCAUACCACCAUCACCCUUAUUAUCAUCAGCCACAGGCUCACCCACAUGUGCACUCACAUGCGCACUCACACCAUCACCACAUGCAGCAGCAGCAGCAGCAGCCUGAUCAGGAUCACUACAUGCAGCAGCAGCAGCAGCAGCAGCAGCGCUACAGCCACCGCUACAACCGGCCAGCAUUCAUCCCACCCAGGUUCCUGCGCAACGCUGCCGCUACAGCCGCUGCCGCUGCGUCUCUUAGUGGUGCCCCUGCUGUGGCACCCCCUGCCAUUACCAUGCCCACACACAUGCCUCUGGGUGUGCCUGUGCCGCUUCCCAAUGCUGUGCCCAUGUACUAUGUUCCAGUUGCUGCCGAUGGCUAUGCUGCUGCUGCUGCUCCAGCCGCAAGCACUAUUGGUGCUGCUCCAUCUCCUGUCCCUGCAGUUGUUAAACCGGUGCUUUCAGGGGAUGACUUUCCCCCUCUUCCUUCUCCUUCCUCUUCUCCUGCUCCUGCUCCUGCUCCUGCUCCUGCUUCUGCCGCACCUGCUCCUUCUGGUGCCAGUGACCCUGCUGCUGUGGCUAUCCCUACUGAAGGCUCUCAAGGCGACAACGCCUCUGCAGCUGCAACUGCACCUGAUGCUACAACAGCAGCUAAAGUUGUAGCAGCAACUGAGGUUGUGGCAGCAACUGAGGUUGUAGCAGCAACUGAGGUUGUGGCAGCAACUGAGGUUGUAGCAGCAACUGAGGUUGUAGCAGCAACUGAGGUUGUAGCAGCAACUGAGGUUGUAGCAGCAACUGAGGUUGUAGCAGCAACUGAGGUUGUAGCAGCAACUGAGGUUGUAGCAGCAACUGAGGUUAUAGCUGCAACUGAGGUUGUAGCAGCAACUGAGGUUGUGGCAGCAACUGAGGUUGUAGCAGCAACUGAAGAUGUAGCAGCACCUGUGGCUGUACCAGCUCCUCUGGCUGUAUCAGCACCUAUGGCUGUAGCGGCACCUGAGGUUGCAGAGGAUGGUGCAGCGGCGGCUGAGGCUCUAGCACCUGAGAUUGAGGCUGAAGCAGCACCUGAAACUGGACCUGAGGCUGUAGCAGCACCUGAAACACCUGAGGCUGUAGGAUCACCUGAAACUGUUGAGGCUGUAGCAUGUCCUGAAACUGUACCUGAGGCUGUAACAGCACCUGCGGUGGAUGAAAGUCCGGUAGCUGACUCGUGUGUGGCACAUGCACCAGCAACAGCAGCAGCAGCAACAGCAGCACCAGCAACAGCAGCAGCAGCAGCAGCAGCAGCAGCAACAGCAGCAGCAGCAACAGAAGCAGCAGCAAUAGCAGCACCAGCAACAGCAGCAGCAGCAACUGCUGCAGACGCAGCGCCAGCAGCAUCGUCAGCACCUGCUGCAGUGGUCAUGAGCCCACAUGCCGCAUCAUUCCAACCCAAUGCCUCAUCAUCUCCACUCACCACUGCAUCCCCCCACCCACCCACCUCCUCAUCCCCAGCUGCUGUGAGCAGCACUACAAGCCCCCAUGCUGCUGCCUCCACAACCCCUACUACCACUCUUAGGCCCAUGAACCCCCACGCCCUUGUGUUUGUGCCAGGGAAAUCUUGGGGCGCUUCUGGUGCUGCUGCAGCGCCAGAACCUGCAGCAGCAGCAGCAGUCACUGGCCCAAAGGUGGUGCCAUGGCAAGCAGUGCUUACUUCUGGCGGCGAUGCUGCUGGUGACGGUUCUGCAGGGGGUAAGGCAGCGGGAACAGGUGCUGGUGCUCGUGAUGCGUCGGGGAGGAAUGAGGAGAGGAGGAAGAAGCACAACAAGAGAGGGACCGAGGGCAGUGGUAAGAAGCAGGAGCAACAGUGGCAGCGGAAGGGGGAGACGAAGAGAGGGGAAGAAGAAGCGCAAGGAGCUAUAAGGUCGGCAGUAGGGGAGGUGAAUGGAAAGGGUUUAGAAGAGGAAGUGACAAGGGAGGGGGAAGAGAAGGGAAAGGAGAGUGAGGGGGCGAUGGGUAAGGAGAGCGAGGAGAACGGAAGGGAGAGGGAGGAGGAGGGAGGGGAGAGUGAGGAGAAGGGAAGGGAGAGGGAGGAGGAGGUGAAAGAGAUAGUGAAGGUGUGUAUUUCCGAGACUGUAGUGGCAGGGGAUAGUGGCCGUGAGCUUAAUGAGGAGGAGGCAGAGGGAGAGGUGGCGAAGGGAAAGGGAGAGGCGGAGGAGAAGGUGGAGGAGAAGUCAAAGGGGGAGGAGAAUACAGAGGGGGAGGAGAAGACAAAGGUGGAGGAGAAGACAAAGGUGGAGGAGAAGACAAAGGGGGAGGAGAAGACAAAGGUGGAGGAGGGGGAGGAGGGCGCAGAGGAGGAUGAGCAAGUUGUUUCAAUGAUCCCGCUGAGCGAUUCCGGAAGUGAUCGAGAGAGUGAGGAGGGGACCGAGGGCGAAGGGAUGGAGAGUAGGACGGAUGGGAAGAAGCAGGCGGCCACAGAGGGAAGGCCGGGGGGGCAGGGGAAACCCAAGAUGAAGGUGUCUCUGUCGUGGGCUGAUAUGGCUGACAGCAUGGAUGAGGAGGAGAGGGAGGGAGAAGGGGCAGAGAGGAAGGACGGGAAGAAGCAAGGCAAGAUGAAGGUGUCUAUGUCGUGGGCGGAUAUGGCGGAUAUGGCUGACUGCACGGACGAGAGUUCGGAGUCGACUCAGAAAUCACCGAAGCCCAAGAUGAAGGUGUCUAUGUCGUGGGCUGAUAUGGCGGACUUCGUUGAAGAGGAGGAGAGGGCUGAAGCUGCCGCCACUGCUGCUGCUGCUGCUGCUGCGAAUGGUACUGCAGAGACGAAUAGGCAGAUGAAGGAUGGGACCGCUUCCUUUCCUGUGUCUGGGAUGUCGGGGCCUGUGGAUAAGGAGGUAGUGGGGGGAGGCAGGGGGGAGGACAGACAGCAGCACCACCACCACCAGCACAGGCAUCACAGGCAGCACUGGCAGCACCCGCCGAAGCACGGACAGAAUAGAGGGCGAGUGGAGCAGCAGCAGCAGCAGCCGCAGCGUCAUCACCAACAUCAGCAGCAGCAGCAGCAGCAGCAGCAGCAGCAGCAGCAGCAGCAGCCGCAGCAGAAACAGCAUGGGCAGGAGCAGGAGGGGCAGAGGGCUCAGGGAAGGAGGCGAGGGUCCUCGGGAGCAUCGAGGGGCACUUGGGCUCCAAAAACUGCUCUCCAACCACCUGUCAGGACUGACCAGGGAGUGGCAGAGGAAACCGCAGCUAUUUCAGGAGUUUCAAGUGUUUCAGGUGGUUCAGGGGCUUCAGGAGUUUCCAAUGGAGCCGGUAUUUUAGGGGAUGGAGAGGCACACACGGCGGCAGUUGCACGGGGGCCGGGUGGCGCUGGUAGUGGGGGGAGGUCAAGGGAGCGCAGGCCACGAGGGGGAAGGGGCGGGGGGAAAUCACAGGGGAAGGCUCAUGGUGCGGUGGAGAGUGGGGAGGGGAGUGCAGCAGAGAGGCAUAUGAAUGGGACUGUAGAGGGAGUGAGUGCAAACAGAGUGGCUGACAGCGAAGCUGCUGCUGCUGCUGGUCAUGGGGAUGGGGGUGGGGAAGGAAAAGGGGAGGGGGAGGGGGAGGAUGGAUUUACAGUGGUGACACCAAGGAGGAAGAAGCCGCCACGCAGUGCAGGCAGCGGACGACAGGUGCCACCUAGGCAGAAUCAGCCGCAGCAGCAGCAGCUGCAGCAGCAGCAGCAGCAGAAUGGCACAGCUGCACCUACUGGGAGCGCAGCAAACGGCAAUGACAACCACAGCCACCACCAUCGUCGCCGCAAUCACCACCACCGCCGGGGGCCCAAGACAGGUGCUGCUGGGGGAGCUGCAGCAGCAGCAGCAGCAGCAGCAGGGGGGGGGGGCGAGAGGGGUGAAGCAGGCUUAGCGACAGCUGCUGCUGCGGCUGCAGCAACAACAGCAAAAGCUGCGCCAGCGACAGCAGCAACCGCCACAGCAACGAUCCCCGCUGCGGCUUGAACGCUGGUUGUAGCAACCGCAACAAAAGGAGCUCUCGUUUUUGCAUCGUUGAACUCUAGUUGCUCCCCUUGAACCCUGGUUGUAUUGGUACUGGUGCUGGUAGCAGCCCGCUUUGUCUUGUUUUUCCUGCUUUACAUCAAUUCCACUUGUCACUUGUGUGUUCUUCUUUCAUUGGUUGAUUUCUAAGGACCUUUUGUUGCAAAGGGUGUCAAGAGACGCUGGGGUUGCCUGGGGAAGGGUUACAGGCCAUCUCUCUGCCUGAGGGGUUCUGGGUGCAUAGUGUCAACUUAUA